AGAAGGAAGUUACCCCGAUCCCUGUUCGCCACCAAACGGGUCGCGGAACCAGAGGGGCCGAAAACAAACAAACAAACAAACAAACAAACAAACAAACCAAGCGUCAGGUGCUAUAAAGGUCGAUUUUUCCUCGGACCCGGGUUCUCCCCGCGGGACAGAUGAAAACGCUGGCCGACGCUGUCUCCCGGGAGCCCCAGAGGAGCGCCCGGAUUUGCCGAGAACCAGCCGCCUCCGCUCCUACCUCCGCCUCGCGUCCGAACAGCAGAUAUUUGGCUCGCUGCGCCCGUCCCGUUCCCGCCGCCGUCCCGGCUCUCCUCGAGGCAGACCUGAGCCUCUUCGCGCGAAGUUAUGUUUCCCAACCGAGGGCGGUCUCUAGCUGAAAGUUAACUUCUGGUUUUGGAUGAGUCUGUGGAGUUUACGUUCUGAGAAGAAAGGGAGCCCGAGGCACGAUGAAAGAAAAGUCUAAAAAUGCUGCCCGGACGAGGAGGGAGAAAGAAAACAGUGAAUUUUAUGAACUGGCUAAAUUACUGCCUUUACCCUCGGCCAUCACCUCGCAGCUGGACAAGGCAUCCAUCAUCAGGCUCACGACCAGCUAUCUCAAGAUGAGAGUGGUCUUUCCAGAAGGGCUUGGCGAGGCUUGGGGCCACACCAGUCGGACCAGCCCCUUGGACAACGUUGGUCGCGAACUCGGCUCUCAUCUGCUCCAGACUCUGGAUGGCUUCAUCUUCGUGGUGGCCCCAGAUGGGAAGAUCAUGUACAUUUCAGAGACAGCUUCAGUUCACCUGGGCCUUUCUCAGGUAGAGCUGACUGGGAACAGCAUUUAUGAAUACAUCCACCCGGCCGACCACGACGAGAUGACAGCGGUGCUCACAGCCCAUCAACCCUACCACUCCCACUUCGUACAGGAGUACGAGAUCGAACGCUCCUUCUUUCUGAGGAUGAAAUGUGUUUUGGCCAAGCGGAACGCUGGCCUCACCUGCGGUGGCUACAAGGUCAUUCACUGCAGCGGCUACCUGAAGAUCCGCCAGUACAGCCUGGAUAUGUCGCCCUUCGACGGGUGCUACCAGAACGUGGGCUUGGUGGCCGUGGGCCACUCCCUGCCUCCGAGCGCCGUCACAGAGAUCAAACUGCACUGCAACAUGUUCAUGUUUCGUGCCAGCCUGGACAUGAAGCUGAUUUUCCUGGACUCCAGGGUGGCAGAGCUGACUGGGUACGAACCUCAGGACUUGAUCGAGAAGACCCUGUACCACCACGUGCACGGCUGUGACACCUUCCACCUACGCUGCGCCCACCACUUACUGUUGGUGAAGGGGCAAGUGACCACCAAGUACUACAGGUUCUUGGCCAAGCACGGCGGCUGGGUCUGGGUGCAGAGUUACGCCACCAUCGUGCACAACAGCCGCUCCUCCAGGCCGCACUGCAUCGUCAGCGUCAACUACGUCCUCACAGACACUGAAUACAAAGGGCUGCAGCUCUCCCUGGACCAGAUCUCAGCCUCUAAACCCACCUUCUCCUAUGCCAGCAGCUCCACACCCACCAUCACUGACAACAGGAAGGGGGCCAAGUCUAGGCUCUCGAGCACCAAGUCAAAAUCCAGGACCUCCCCAUACCCCCAGUAUUCGGGAUUCCACACUGAAAGAUCGGAAUCUGACCAUGACAGCCAGUGGGGUGGAAGUCCCCUGACUGACACUGCCUCCCCACAGCUCCUGGACGCCGAGAGGCCUGGCUCUCAGCACGAAGUGUCCUGUGCCUACAGGCAGUUCUCAGAUCGCAGCUCGCUGUGCUAUGGCUUUGCGCUGGACCAUUCCAGGCUGGUGGAAGACAGGCACUUCCACACCCAAGCCUGUGAGGGAGGCCGCUGUGAGGCAGGAAGGUACUUUUUGGGAGCACCACCUGCUGGGAGAGACCCCUGGUGGGGCUCCAGAGCAGCCUUGCCACUUACCAAGGCCUCCCCGGAGAGCAGAGAAGCCUAUGAGAACAGCAUGCCCCACAUCACUUCUGUCCACAGGAUCCACGGUCGAGGUCACUGGGAUGAAGAUAGUGUGGUCAGCUCUCCAGACCCUGGGUCAGCCAGUGAAUCAGGUGACCGAUUCCGCACCGAACAGUAUCAAAACAGCCCUCAUGAACCUAGCAAAAUUGAAACUCUCAUAAGAGCCACCCAGCAGAUGAUUAAGGAGGAAGAGAACAGACUACAGCUACGGAAAGCCCCUCCAGACCAAUUGGCCUCCAUUAACGGGGCCGGGAAAAAGCACUCCCUGUGUUUUGCAAACUAUCAACAGCCCCCACCGGCAGGUGAAGUCUGCCGCAGCUCAGCUCUUGCCAGCACUUCGCCAUGUGACCAUGUGCAGCAGAGAGAGGGAAAGAUGCUCAGCCCUCAUGAGAAUGACUAUGAUAACAGCCCUACCGCACUGUCUCGGAUAAGUAGUCCGAGUUCUGAUCGCAUUACAAAAUCCAGUCUAAUCUUGGCUAAAGACUAUCUACACUCAGAUAUGUCUCCUCAUCAGACAUCGGGGGACCAUCCUGCCAUCUCUCCAAACUGCUUUGGCUCCCACCGGCAGUACUUUGACAAGCAUGCCUAUACAUUAACUGGAUAUGCCCUGGAACAUUUAUAUGACAGUGAGACCAUUAGGAACUAUUCCUUGGGCUGUAAUGGUUCACACUUUGAUGUAACUUCUCAUCUAAGGAUGCAGCCAGACCCAGCACAAGGACACAAGGGAACAUCUGUUAUAAUAACCAAUGGAAGUUGAUGUUUUUCUAAGAUAUCUUGUUCUUCAAGGGUCUCUGGAACAUAUUUAUCGUUUAAUACCCCAUUAGCAGCAUUUACCAUGCCACAGAUUGUUAGAGAGGCUAAGUUAAAAUUCCUGGCUAUUUGACAUGCGUUCCUGUGAAAUCAGAGAAAACAUAGCGCCAACAUUCACUUGUACACAGAUAAGUGAGCUAAAAGGAAUACAGAAAUUGCCCACAUAUUACAGAGAAACAAUUAUAGACAAGUUUGAAUUGAAAAAAAAAAACGAAUACAAAUUAAGCAUAUAUACCACAUAGAAGGGCUUAUGAAUGAAACCACUGUGUUGUGACAAUCUAGUAGAAUUUAUUAUACACACAGAUCAUAUGCCGCUCACAAACCGCCACGUACACUUCUCAUGCAUAAACACACAAAAUAGGUACUUUUCUCUACCUACCACAUACAGCUUCUCAAAGAAAUAUCAGUUCCCAAAACAAUGAGGAAAAGGGAGAUACAUCUUGCAAACAAAUUUCUUCAUGGUUUCAAAGUAGUCCACUCGUUUGGUUCAGGUGUAAAUUAGAGAGGUGAUUCUGAGGAUGGUACACGAAUGUGCUUUCACCUGGCACCCAUCAUAGGCAAUCAGGAAAAGGUGAUACUCAACCUUGCUUUUGAGCUAGACAGGGACCAGGAAUGCGCUGACACAACAAUAAGGAUUUUUCUGAGUCACAGCAAUGAAAUUUUGGGAGAUACAUUAAAAAAAAAAUGUGGCCUACUUAACUUUAAGUGGCUCAGUGGAAGAAAGGGCACAGCAGGGUUGUAGAAUGAUACACAGCAAGGAGGUAAGUAUUUUAAAAUGCUACAAAGCACAGAUAUGCAAGUGGAGAGCCUCAUGACAGAGCCGAAGAUAAAAGCUUAGGGAGAUACACAGGUGGCUCAAAGGGUGCACAGGGAAGCCACAGGAAAAUGUUGAUUUCCUUCGCUGUUUGUAAACAACGAAAAUGACACACUUGCCCAUUUGUCCAUGUGGCACAGUGGAAAAUCCAGUGAGCUGUAUGGCAGGAUCUGAAUUGCGUUGAACCUUGCAUGUCACUUAAUUUUGGGAACAGAGAUGCAUCACUCAUAGUUUAUGCACCCUGGUUCUCUUGUCUGAAGGGCAGCUCCUAUCCAAGGUUCUGUGAGUCACUGGUCUGCUGAAAGCAAACUCCUAAGCAGUUAAAGCUCUGCUAUGAGUUGUCUGCUAUGAGUCUGGUGGUUCCAGAGUUUUCAUACCCUAGCAGAGGUCUAGAUACUUUGUUACUUGAGAAAUACGUGGGCUCUUUCAGGCAGGAAGAGUUGCAGUCAACCUUCUCUUAGAUACAGCCAAAUGUAGGUGGUAGAACUUUAUGAGGGGGAAGAAAAAAUAGUUAAAUUUAUUUAAUGCACUAUUCUCUAGUAUUCAAAGAAAAGUGACAUGUGUGGUUAGAAAAGUUUCAUAGAUCAUAUUUUUUAGAAUCCCCAUGCCUGUUACUCUUGCCAUAUUUAAGGAGGAGAAUGUACUGGAAGGACUUGAUAAUUAUGAAAACAUUACAUGGAAUUGGACACUCAGGGAUUAGUACUAUAUUUUCAUCGCUCAACACAGUCAUUUUGGUGACAGUGUGUAUGAUAAUAAAUUUAGAGUUGAGCCUUGGGUUGUUUGUACAUGAGAGAAGAGGCUACAUAAAAUCAAACAACUACUUCUUGGGGAUAACAGAGUGAUGGUGUUAGUGAAAAUGAAGACAAGUGCAAGGCAGUGAGAAAACAGCUUAUGUUCUUCAAUACGCUUUCAACAUGUUCAAAGGACAAUGAAAAUUAAUAUGUGAACCAUAAGAAAAAUAUUUAAGUAGUUUUGAGAAAAUUAUUUCCAAGAAACACAAAGAUCAGGUAAUUUGGAUAAAAUAUCAACAUGAAAAAUGUUUUCAGGAUGGUGAAGGUUUUGCAGAAUUCUGUAGAUCAGGCACAAAUAUCUGAUGAAUAUGUAUUCUGGGCAGAAAAAUCUGUACAAGUAGGUCCUAUUGCUGGGGAGGUGUACAUUGGUGCCUCAGAGGUACCUUCUAAGAGGUGUUUGUCACUAAAGGAAUGCCAGCUGAGUUUUUAUGUGGAGGAUAACUCAUACAAGAAUAAAAUGUGACCACAACAGACAGAUCCUAAUAAGGAGGAACAAUGCUUCCCAGAAUGCCAUAGCUAAUAUUUCUUAAAGGAAGACAGAAUCAUCUACAUUACAUAUUUAUGUAAAAUCUUAGUAGAUUGGCCCACUUAAAACACAUAAACCAUUUAAUGAAACAAAUGUCAAUUUUGCAGUGGCAGUUUUAUAAUGUUGCAUAUAGGGCCUCAUAGAGUCAUAAUAUAUAUAGCUUACAUUGCUUUACAGAAUGGCAUGAUUAUUAUAAAGGACCCAAAAAUUAAUUGACCUUUUACAACUAGAUGACUUCUUGCUGUUGGUGUAGAUAUAUAAAAUGUAUUUGUAAUCCACAUUAUUUUGUCCUGUAGAGGAACAAAUUUUCUCAUAAAGAAUGUGUUAUCUGUGUCUUAAAAAUAUGGGGUGUAAAAUAAAUACACUUCAAAUAACUUAUUCAAUUAAAAUUAAACUUAAAUUUGCUUCAUUUUAAUUCUUGAUUUUCCUACCUUUACUAAAAAAAUAUGGAAAACCUGAAAAGCAUCUUUCCUUCCAUCACUUUGGGAGUUCAUAAAAAUAUGUUAUAUUCAAUUAUACUGCUAUAACACACACAGCUCAUUGGUCUCUACAAAGCCCAUUCUAUCUGGAAAUAUUAAGAAUAUCUCUGAUGACAAUUUACUUGCUCUACCAAGAUAAAAUUUAAAACUGUGUAUGACCAGUGCAAUACAUGUUUCCCUAAAUUUUCCUGGGGAAAAAAAUCUGUUAAAAUUAUUAUUGAGAACAAACAGUUGAUGUAUUCUUUUUCAGAUGUAUUCUUAAGGUCAGAGACACUGUGGUCAGACAUUUGUGUGUGCCUCACCCCCACAAAUCUUUUGAUAUCACAUGCAAAAUCUAAUGAGACAGCUUUUCUAAACUGUUCUUGCCUGUACAAGACACUACAACAGAACCGAUCGGACAUUCAAAACCAGACAGGAUGUAAUAAACGAUUCCUUCAGUGUUUAAAUAGAAAACCACUUAUUAUUUCCAGGUUAUCGUUUAUAGGGCUAGAGUAUUGCCAGUGAGCACUGUUCGUAAUGCUGCCUGUGCCCCUGCUGCCACAUACUGCCUUCGGGCAAAGAAUCCCAGUUAAAAUAAGCUUUAAUGGGAUCUCCUAAUACAAAUAAUAUGUUCCAUUUCCCUUUCUUUUUUUUUUUUUACAUAGAGUUUAAUUUUAAUACGAGAUUAUUUGGAAAAUAUGAGUAGAUAUUUAAGAUAAAAUGAAAGGGCCCCCACCCAACAUCUAGAUCAAGUAAGUGAUAAUACAGCUGGAAACAUCCUGAGUUCAGACUUGCUAUUUUAUAACUCUGUCUCUUGCUCUUUCUUUCUGUCUGUCUGUCUCUGUCUCUCUCAAAACCAGCUAACGACUAAACUAUUUGUACUAGCAGUACCUGGUAGUGACAGAGUGAAAACCGAGUAUUUGACUAGGAAAUCUUGCCUUGGUGUAGUUUACACUGUGAUGCAGUCCUUCUUGUUAAAAAAAACAAAACAAAACAAAACUGAAUGUCUGGAUUUGGAUUCUUAGGUCACUCAAAUGAUACAUGCAGACAUCCCGGCUUUCUGAUUGACUUCAAAACGAAUGUAAUUCCUCCAAAUAAGUAAUUGAGCAUUCAUGUAAAUGUCAGGUUAUUUUGUGAAUAAGAAUUUCACUGUAGGUAAAAUCUGUUGGCUAGCUCUUACUGUGAAAAUACAUGCUAAAUAAGAUGUUUCAAAUUUUAAGUGGGUGACAACAGCUGUGGAUACAUGCAAGUGUAUCAUAAAUUGAAAAUGUUCUUGGGGGAAAGUUUUGUGUGGUACUUAUUUCUUGUGUACAAAGGUUGUACGGGUAGUGCUUAAAUUCUAAAGGUAAGAUGACAGUCAAUUCCAUAUGGACAUUUGUUCCGAGUUCCUUCUCUAAGCCUGUGUGCAGAAAAGUACACACCCCCCCACAAUCACUUUUAUCUUACUUUGAGAAUUUAAAAAUGUGCUAUAUGCAAUGUGAAUGUAUGAUGAUUCGCACAAGAAAUUGCAAUUGGUAAUUUUAAAACUAAGCAUUGUAGUUUUCUUUGCUGGGGUUUGCUGUGUGAACUUGCCUUCAUAAACUAAGUAAGAGGAAUUUGUCCUAAUCUGCUAACCUUAGACACAUCCUAUCAGUUUUUACCCAAAAAUUAUGAUGUGUUUACAUUUCAAAAGAAAUGAAAUUGGCACGGACAAAUUUUUUUUACAAUAAUUGUAACUUCUUUUCAAAAGAAUGGAUUUCAAAAAAAAAAAAGAAGAGGCACUUCAAGAAAAAUAAAAUAUUUUAUGCUUGUUUUUUGACUGACAUUCUAUUAAAAGGAUUAUAUUUGUGAGAGAAGAUGCUGGUUCCGAAAUACCCUCUUGCAAUGUAUAGUUUUUAGUGAUACUGUAGUAUAAACUUGUAAUCUGAACUUUUACUUUGGAAUGUAAAGUAGGAAAUAAUAGCUAUGUCAAUGAUAUCUUGCAAAGUGUCCUCAUUUAU